CCUCAAUUUUCUCUCACUUUUCCCAAUUCAUCUCAAAAUCAAAAAAAGAGAUUACAAACUCAAGAAGAGUUACAAACAAUACCUAAAAUUUCCUCCUUUGAUCCUCCACCACCUUCAAAAAAAAAAUGAAGGUGAUCAAAGUCAUAUUUUCCCUCAUUGCCUUCGUCGUGGCCGUAACCCUAAUCCUCACGGCAAAUGACACCGGCCCCACGCCUUCCCCUCCACCACCCUCUCCUCUCUCCAAACCGGCCGCCACAACUCGUGUCAGCCGGUUCCUCCAGGAGAAGGGGAAAAACCCUAGGGCCGCCGACCACUGCCACAAGGACAACGACGUGUGCAACAACACGUUGGAAGACGGGCGGAACGCCACGUGUUGCAACAACAAGUGCCUUGACUUGCAGUACGACGACAAAAACUGCGGCGCGUGUAAGAAGAAGUGCGCCUUCACGGAGACGUGCUGCCGGGGGGAGUGCGUGAUGCUCGCCUACGACAAGCGUCAUUGUGGCACGUGCAACAAGAAGUGUGCUAAAUUCUGCCUGUACGGCAUGUGCUCCUACGCUUAGGUCAAAGCGUGGGAGGAAUUCGAACUUGGGAAAAUGAAAAAAAUUCAAGGGUUGGUAUACUUUUAUUUUUAUUUUGAUUUUUGAUUUUUAAAGAACUAAUAAUUAAUAAAUGAAAACCGCGUUCCAAUUGGUGGUUUUUGAUUUAUAUAGGGGUGUUUAGUAUUGUUGUGUCACGUAUUAUUCCUCGUGGGGUUUAAAUAUAAACAAUAAGUGUAUACAUUCAUAAAUAAACGUGUAUUUAUUAUUGAGAGAAAGAAAAGAUCAAGAAAGUGAUCAUAUAUAUAUAAGAGUGUGUAUCAAAAAAAUUUGUGGAUAGUUUUGAUUCAAUUUUUGCCCGGUGUUAAUUAGUGGAUUUGUAGAGCUACAUAUAUUAUUGUUUCAAUGCAAAUAUUAUUGAGUGAUCAA